AUGGCGUGGUGGCGGAAGAAGGUGGUCUCCCCGGCGCGCCGCGCGUGGGCCGCCGUCUCCACACGCGUCCGCGCGCGCAACACAGGCAGCGGCGGCAGCAUACUGAAGCUUCACGAGGAUGUGCAGACCUGUGGCUACAGGGACGUGCAGGUGAUGUUCGACAUCCUGACCUCGGAGCUGGAGGCGUCCACACACCGCCCCGCCAAGCACCACCACCACCAGCGCAAGCGGCCGCCGUCCCCGCCGUGGCCCAGCCACCGGUCAUCCUCCAUGAUCGCGGCCGCGCAAUAA